GCAAUGCUCAACCAUCCAUUUAGGGCAUCAAAUGCGGGUCAUAGGCUAAGAUUUCGGGAAUUACAGCCUCAAUCUAUGAAUCGAGACAAUAAAUAGAGAAUUUUGAUAUAUCAUCAUGGUUGCCCUAGUUUUUUGGGGUAAGGGUUUUGUUGUUCUUCUCCUUCUCCUUUUCUUAAAUUGAUUUUAUUAUAUUUAAAAAUAAUUAUGUGAAUUUUCUUCUUUUUAUUGGAUAUCCAUCCACAUUGAUUGCUAGCAUCAGGUUGAUGAAAAUAAAAAGUUAUUUGUAGAGAUAUAUUCAUGCUCUUUUUGUGAGAAUUGGUUAGAAACAAAGAGCAAGGUAUUGAUUUUCUAACCAUGGUGAUUGCUAGAAUCCACACUGGUUUAAUUGAGGAGUUGUUUUUGUGAGAAUUUAUUGGAAACAAAGAGAAAAAGGGAUUGUUUUGUUGAAUGAGGAGGAAGACAAUGGAUUUAGCCCCAACUCCAAGUUCUUUACCUACAACUGAAGGUUUUAAUUCUUCAAUUUCUCCUCCUUCUCAAUCGGAGAUCGAAAACCUAGAUUCCAAUUCUACACCUCCUCCUCCUCCUCCUCCUCCUUCUGAAACCUUUCCUUCACCUACUUCUUUGUCUUCAUCUGCUCCUCCCUCCUCCUACAGCAUUGCCACCUAGCUCUAAUGAGUUUGCUUCUUCACCGCCAGAGUUGUUUCUGGCUCCUCCUCAAUCAAUGAGCUCUGUUCUAGCUUCACCUCCCUCACCACUUGUUGAUAAUGCUCCUAAUCUAGUUUCUCCACCACCACCAAAAGAGGCUUCUUUGCCCUUGGCACCACCAAUUUUAUCUCCUCCUUCUCCUUCUCUUCCUUUGAUUACAAAUGAUCAACUAUUACCUCCCCCAUCUAUCUCAACUCCCGGCAUUGAGUUCAUCUCCUUUUCCUUCCACACCGAUAGUAGUGUUCCCACCUCCUACUUCCUCACAAGUCACUUCAACCUCUCCUAAUCUUCCUCAACCUCAACCGAUAUUAUCCUCAACUACUCAAGGUGUUCCAAGUUCUGGAAUGACAGACAUCUCUUCUCCUUUUUCUCCAAAAGCAUCAAAAUCUACUGACGUUUUUUCUGCUCAAGUCCCAUCCUCAAAGCCAUCACCUUUGACACCUUCUGAGGUGGAAACAACCUCUUCGCGAUCAACUACAAGUCGUUCUACACCAAUGACUAUCUCUACUACAACAUCAUCCAAUGGUAAUUAUAUGAAGGAGACCAUAGUUGGGGCAACUUUUGCAGGUGUACUAGUAUUUUUUGUUGCCUUUUUCUUUGUGAUAAAAAAGACAAAGAAGAGCCAAAGAACUGACUUAGGAAACCAAUAUAUAUCCUCAUCAAGUGCCUUGACAAAUCCAGAUGUAUAUUACCAUGGACAACCACAUUUGAUGGUUUCCGGUCCACUGUCUCCGAGUGUUGCUCCUGGAAAUAUGUAUGGUAACUUUAAAGGUCAAGCAUACCAAGGUGGCCAAUCAGAACCCGCUGGAUCCAAGACGUGCUUCACCUAUGAAGAGUUAAUGGAUAUAACAAAUGGGUUUUCUUAUGAUACCCUCAUUGGUGAAGGUGGCUUUGGAUCUGUCUACAAGGGUAUGUUGCCAGAUGGAAAAGCUGUUGCUAUAAAACAACUGAAGGCUGGUGGCGGACAGGGUGAGAAGGAGUUUAGAGCUGAAGUUGAUGUCAUUAGUCGUGUCCACCACCGUCAUUUGGUCUCUCUUGUUGGAUAUUGCUUAGCAGAGCAUCGUCGAAUGCUUGUGUUUGAAUUUCUUCCAAACAAAACUCUAGAACAUCAUUUACAUGGAAAAGGACUUCCGGUUUUAGAAUGGCCAAAGAGAUUGAGAAUUGCUAUUGGUUCUGCUCGUGGAUUGUCUUAUCUCCAUGAGGACUGCCAUCCUCGAAUAAUACAUAGAGACAUCAAAUCUGCAAAUAUUCUUUUGGAUGAAUCUUUUGAAGCACAAGUUGCAGAUUUUGGUCUUGCAAGAUUUGCUAAUGAUGAUUCUCACACUCAUGUGUCAACUCGAGUUAUGGGAACAUUUGGGUACCUUGCUCCAGAAUAUGCUACAAGUGGAAAAUUAACUGAUAAAAGUGAUGUCUUUUCAUUUGGUGUGGUGCUUUUAGAGCUUAUUACAGGACGCAGACCUGUUUUUGGGGAUGAAAGUCUAGUUGAAUGGGCUCGGCCACUACUAGUUAAUGCUCUUGAGACAGGAGAAUAUGAAGAUUUGGUGGAUCCCAGGCUUGAAAAUAAUUUUGCAAAGAAUGAAAUGAGUAGAAUGAUCGAAGUGGCCGCUGCAUGUGUUCGUCAUUCUGCUCCUAAGCGACCUCGAAUGGUUCAGGUAUUAAGAACAUUGGACAGCGAGGGGGACAUGCCAGAUCUCUCUAACGGUGUGAAGUUCGGUCAAAGCAUGAUAUAUAAUUCUACACAGUACUCAACAGACAUCAAUAAUUUUCGCAAGAUGGCAUUUGGGACCGAAGAUUUCAGUGCAAACCAUGGCCACUCUAACCCAAGUGGACUAGAACUCAACAGGUCUUUGAAAGAAGAUCUCAUUUAAGAACCAUAUUCAGCAAACCAUUGGGCUAGCUAGUAAUGCCACAACCAAAUGAAUUCAACUCCAAGGAUAUAUCCCAAUUAAUUAAAGAGGCUUGAUUUGAGAGCAUGACACCUUUUAAGUAUAUAAAUAUAUAUAUAUAUAUAUAUAUAUAUAUAUAUAUCUAUGUACAGAGACUUCUUCUUUUCAGAGUACCAAAGAAACAAUGCAGACAACGUUAAGCUGGAUGACCCAAUACUGAAGAAAUACAUGUGUUGUUUAAUAAUAUUAUAAUAUUUGAAACACUCAAUGAAAUGAUAGUUUUACUUUUUAUCA